CUAUUACACAGGUUGUCUGCCUUAAAUCAUGACCUCUGAAACUCAAGCUAGUAUGCAAAUCACUGCUCUGAUGGUAGUCUGGAUAUUGGGAACAUCACUGGUGUUUCCACAGUCAGACACAGCAGCUACAGAGAAGGUGGCUGAAGAUCCCAUUCCCUGCUCUAAGGUGUGCACCUGUCAAUACGAUGAUUUAAUCUCGGAGCUCAACAUGUACUGCAGUUUUCACAACUUCACACAAGUACCAACUGACAUGCCACCAUCCACUUAUUCUCUCUGGCUGGAUGGCAACCGGUUUACAACGCUCCCAGCCGCAGCUUUUCGGGAUUUGACCAACCUGGACUUUUUAAAUCUUCAGAAUGGCCAGCUGACGACUAUUGACCCUCAGGCUUUCAAGGGCCUUGGGUCACUAGCACAUAUGCACCUUGAGCGGAAUCGCCUCCGGGUAUUACCAGGUACAGUCUUCCAGAAUACACCCAACCUUGCUUCACUUAGUCUGCAUAACAACCAACUCAGUCGCAUUGAGGAAAGACUGUUUGCAGGACUCUCACAAAUGUGGCUUCUUAACAUAGGUUGGAACUCAUUAACGGUCUUACCUGAGACAGCUUUCCAUGACCUGCAAGGUCUGCGAGAGCUGAUACUCGCAGGAAACAGACUUGCUUACUUGCAGCCACAGCUCUUUCAAAACCUUGGUGAGCUCAAAGAGUUAGAUUUGACAGGAAAUUACCUGAAGGUGAUCAAAGCCAACGUGUUUCUUAAACUAACUAAACUGCAAAAGCUUUACCUGGGACAGAAUCAGAUUUUAACAGUGGUCCCCAGAGCUUUUGCAGGCAUGAAGUCACUUAGAUGGCUGGAUCUGACAAACAAUAAAGUGACUUCUCUACAUGAUGACACCUUCCUUGGCCUGCACAAUCUCCAUGUACUUCGCCUUUCUCACAACUCUAUCACUGGAAUUAGGCCUAGAACUUUCCGUGAUCUGCAGUACCUAGAAGAACUAAGACUGAGUUACAACAGGAUUAGAAAUCUGGGGGAUAGGAUCUUCGAAGAUCUCGGCCAUUUAGAGGUCCUAGAACUAGAACACAAUCAAGUGCAGGAAGCACACGUGGGGGCUUUCACAGGCCUCUCUCAUGUGGCUGUCAUUAACCUUUCUGGAAGCUGCUUCCGCACUCUACCAGACCAAAUGUUCAAAGGUCUGCCAAGGCUUCACAGCCUACAUCUGGACAGAGGCUGCUUAACUAAGAUAACAACUCAAGCUUUCAGAGGACUGUCUGGUUUAAGGAGGCUAUUUCUGCAACGCAACAAUAUUUCUGUUGUGGAACACCAGAGUUUUGUGGAUAUGGUAGGCCUAUCGGGACUUGAUCUGAGUUCCAACAAGCUGGGUGCUCUCACCACCCAUACAUUCUCUGGCCUCAAGAAUUUGGAGUACUUGCUGUUGUCCAACAAUGAGUGUAGACAGUUUUUGCAAAAUGGCACAAGGCAGAUUCUUCCAAGGCUGCGCUACCUAGACUUGAGAGAUAAUGCCUUAACAAGCUUGGCCCCAGACUUCUCUGAUAAUAUAGAAAAACUAUUACUGUCUGGAAACAGGUGGAAAUGUGACUGCAGCAACCUCCCACUUAGAAACUACGCGUUGAGGAAGUCACAGGUGAUUCCUCGGCUAGUGGAGACCCACGCAGAAGGUGAAGAGCCUGAUACGACAAUCACCAUAUACAACAACAUCACAUGCACCAGCCCACCUCGCCUAGCAGGUCAGGACUUACGGGAUGUGGACGGUGAACACUUCCAAAACUGCUAA